GGGGACGUGCAGCGUGAGGAUUCUGGCUUCCUCUUCUGUCACUGAGGGACACCGCUCGCCUGGCAGUCGCAGCCCAGCCAUGAUGCCUCCACACGCCUUCCUAGGCUUCCUCAUCGGUCUCUCCCUGACUCGUGCGGCAGAAACUCAGCCAGACCACGCGUCUCUGAAGCCACAGAGAGUACAUUUCCAGUCCCGAAAUUUUCACAACGUUUUGCACUGGCGCCCUGGGAGGGCUUGCACCGGCAACAGCAGCCUCUAUUUUGUGCAGUAUAAAAUGUACGGACAGAGACAAUGGACAAACAAGGAGACUUGCUGGGGUAUUCAAGAGUUCUUUUGUGACCUUACCAACGAAACGUCAGCGAUCCAGGAGCCUUAUUACGGGAGGGUGAAGACGGCCUCGGCCGGGAUCCACUCUGGCUGGACCAUGACGCGGCGGUUCAUUCCCUGGUGGGAAACGAAAAUAGAUCCUCCAGUUAUGAACAUAACCCAAGUAAAUGGCUCUUUGUUGGUGAUUCUCCAUGCUCCAAAUUUACCACAUAGAGACCAAAAAGGAAACAGUGUAUCAAUGGAUAAUUACUACCAGCUAGUAUACCGAGUCUUCAUAAUUAGCAAUUCACUAGAAAAGGAGCAAAAGGUGUAUGAAGGAGCUCACAGGGUCAUUGAGGUUGAAGCUCUCGCACCGCAUGCUGUUUACUGCGUGGUGGCUGAAAUCUACCGGCCUGAGUUAGACAGGAGGAGUCAGAGGAGUGAGGAGAGAUGUGUAACCAUUCCCUGAAGCGGUGUGGAGGGCUCGCCGUGUGGACGUCGCAGCUCUCUGCGCACUGAAUGGCUGGUGCUCGCAGGAUCUCCUUGAAGAUGGUUCUCCAUUUUCUUAAAGAAGUGCUCACCAUGACACUUUGGGGCUCUUUGCUCAUCCUUUCUUCCUUCCUUUAGAUGCUAUUUGUGAACUAAAUUUAAGCAACACCCCCCAAAAUACAUUCGAAUUUAAAGAAGAGUCAGACAAUAAAGGGCUCUGUGAAAUACGGAACUUUAUUUCUGAGCGUAACACCCCUAACAACAAUCUCCAUUCUGCUAAGACAGCUAAAUAAAAAUCGGAGAGCCAAGGAGUAACAGGCGUUUAACAAAAUGUCGUUGAAAUCACCUUUUAAAAUAGCAUUCCAGACAAGCAAUCCUUUUUCACUUGACAUAGAUAUGCCAACUUUUACAUGAAUGGAAUUUUUACAUGAAUGAAUAUGUUCCCAUACAUUUCUAUUUUAUACAAAUAUAUUUUUUCAUACAUUUAUUUUCUAUUGUAAAGUAUUUGUACUUAAAGAACCAAUAUUUUCUUUCAAAUUCUGGUCUGUGUCAAUAAGACUAGUAUUUUUAAAAAACUUCUCAUGAUCUCUGAAUUCAUCUCUAGGUUCAGAUUAUCAACAGUAACAUCUAAAUUCCACAGGAUGCCCACUCAAUGCAGUUUCCCUCUUUUAACACAUAGUCAAAUUAAGGUUCUCGCUUCUGUUUUUGUAUUUGCUUUGUUUUGUUUUUUAGUAUUGCCUUAGAAGAAUUUAUCCUUAUUCUCAAAAUCAGGUGUGGUGUUUUUUAGCAACAAAGUAAAAAGGAAAACUUAACUCCAAUUUAUACCGCACUCAACCCUCCUGGCAAAGGGUCUUUCAUGGGUGGUCCCUUCCUGGUCUCCAUAUAAGAGGGUCUUAUGAAUGACAGUUUGACUGGGGAUGUGGGGGAUGGCUGGGGGCCAGGCAGAGAAGCUGGCCUGAAGCUGAGAGCACGUAGUGGGUGGUGGGUUCAUUCGGAAGAGGGACUGGGGCUGGCAGAGAUCCCAGGGGCAGCUGGAGCCCACCAACCACCUCCUGCAGCUUCACCGUCCCCCGGAGGGAAGAUCUGUGGCCUACGCUCGUGUGGGCAACAGAAAACUGCCGUCUUCACUCGGGGCUUGGUCUCAUAUAUGUGACAAAUAUCCAAAAUGUGAUAAAAAAUAUAGUAAGUGCCUCUGUCUAUAUACAAUUACACACAAUAAUAAACAGAUUAAAAAUUAUUCCAAAACGCACAGAGGGAGAGAGUAAGAGAGAGAGCAGAAGGUAGACAACUGGUUUCAUCACUUUCCAACAUGGCCAGAAAAGAUGAGUCCUUGUCGUGCCCCCAGGCCUGUGUGAUCUGUUCCCUGGCCUCACUUCCAGCAGGUCUCUGCUGGAAGGUUAUUUUAUCCUGAGGUUUCCCUCCCCAUUCCAUUUAAACUUGCAAACUACCCCUGCAGUCUCUCUACCACUCAUUUUUCUCCGUAGCACUCUGAAAAUUAAUCAGGGGAAACUUCAUCUAAAAUGAAGUCAGGAGGCCAGAAGGGGGAGCUCCCACCCAGUACCACUGGAAGUGACUCACAAAAAAGUCAAUUACAGACCCCCACAAAAAGAAGUCGCCAACGGGAAGAUAGCCAAUUACAGGAAGAAAUGUCCAUUGCAUCCCAAACAGAAAUCUAGGACCCCAGCGACUCAGCCAAUGAGAAGCCGUCACCACCCUGAAUGCCUGCUUUCCUCCAGCGGACUUUCCUUCGAAACAACCCUCCCAAUUUCCUCCUUUUUCCCUAUAAAACAUUAUUUUAUAGGGAAAAUUUGUUGGAUUUGCCUGUGGUCUGCCACAGCACGGAUAUCCAGAAUUUCAAUUAUUUGGCUGUUCCUGAAUAAACUCCUUUCACUGGUAAAAUAACCAGCUGUUUUGUUUGUAAGGUCGGCAACUUAAACCACCUGAGACACCAUCGUUUGCUUGUUCAUCUUGCUUGUUGUUUGU